UAAUCUUGAUAUAUAUAUAAUAUAUAAGGAGUGAAAGAUAUUACGCAAGCUAAUUACAACAUCGUCAGUUUGUAAACAACACCAGAUUUGAUUUGAUUUUUAACAUCUGCGACACAACACCCAUGAAAAUGGUUCAACCACUCUUCAGGUCUGCCUGUUCUCUAUUACUGCUACUGACACUACCACUGCUAUUCCUCAACUCCUGGCACCAAGUGUCUGCGGAAGAACCAUCCCCAUCUUCGUCAGCUUCUGCAUUGACAGCUGUCAAGACUGACGAUGAUGGUGAUGAUGAUACUGGUACCAAUGCUGGGAACGAAAAGGAUACAGAGGAUGGUGAGGGUGUUAGUAUAACAAUUGACUCCGAAGGACAAAAGAAAUUAGAUUUAUUCCAACCAUCUGAAGAGUGGCAAGAAGUUAAAGAAGGACAAGCAAUCCCUCCAGGUCUACAGGUACGACUAGACUUACAAACUGGUCAGAAACAAGCGAAAUUAAUGCCAGGCCAGUCAGCAGAAGAUUUGGAAUACUGGAAAUCUGAAAACAGAGAAGGCAUGAGGUACAAAAACAAAAAUGAUUUAAGUCCUGAAGACCUGAAGCAAGCUUUGAAACAGUUCAAACAACACAAGAGCAUGGAUCAAGACCACGCAAUGAAAGUUAGCCGUAGCAAGAGGGAUUAUGAGAUGCUGAGAUCAUCUAUAAAAUCUGAUGCACAAAUCGUCACCAUCUUACACGAUCAGCUGAAGGAUCAUGCUGUACUCCAGAAGGAAGAUCUUCAGAGUAUCCUCUCCGAAUUGGAAUUCUUUCUGCAUCAGAUUGAUAGUGCCCAGCUGUUUGCCGAACUUGGUGGAAUCUCUCUCCUAGUAAACUUACUAAACAGCACAGACACGGAUGUGAAACAUGACACAGCUUUUGUACUUGGAUCAGCAAUGCAGAGUAAUCCUGUUGUGCAGUCAACUGCAGUUGAUGCUGGUGUUAUGCAGAAACUCAUCACCAUGAUUUCCACUGAGCCAUCUCUGGCUGUACGAAAGAAGUGCCUCUACGCAGCAUCGGUGCUCCUGCGACACAAUCUCAAUGCACAGCAGCGUUUCCUGGCCCUCGGGGGUCUGUCUGCAUUCACCCAGCUCUACUCCGAGUCAAAGACGGAUGCUAUUCAAGUGAAGAUUGUAACGCUUCUUGCAGAUUUGAUCUCAGAAAAGGUAAUUUCAGCAUCUCACUCACAAGACAACAAUAUUAAAAACAGAGAAAAACUCCAACAAUAUGAGAGCAUAAAUCUUCUAGAAAAGAUGACCCUUACUGGAUGGUGCGACAGAGUGGCCUCGCUGCUCAAUCUCUCCGACUACGACAGCCAGGAGAAAAUACUGACCGCUUCGAAACUUCUAACAUCCAGCUGCGGUCAAAGCUUUCAGCCAUUAACACCCAGGUUGCAGGAACUUAGUUUUGAGUACUCGAGACUGUGUACGAAAGAGAAAAAUGAGGACCCCAUGAGCGAUUUGUACUUCUGUUCAUUACACAAUUUGGUUACAGACGUUCUGAACUCUUUACAACAGACACGCAAAGUGGAGUUGUGAUUGAGGAAACGCUUUGUUUUGUAUAUGUUGUUCUUCUUUUGUUGUUGUAAUUGUAUAAAGCCCCUUCCAUUCGUCACUUCACUCAGGCCUGGUCUGAGCAGACCUAUGAUGAAAGACAUUCAAGCUGUGACCACAUGACCAUCCUAUUAUUAUUAUUAUUAUUAUUAUUAUUAUUAUUUUUUUUCUUUUUUCAAUUUUGCUCCAAUUUCUUAGCAGGUCCCUUCCUCACAGCUAAGGCUAUUAUCAUUAUUAUUAUUUAUUAUUGUGGCAAUUAGGUGGCAGGAUCGUUAGCAUGCUGGACAGAAUACUUAACGGUAUUUCAUCCAUCG